UACAAAGAUCCUUGGGCCCCUUGCAUAUCAUUAGAGAAUAAAACUGACUCAAAAACUGAAAUCUUCUUAGAAGCAUGUAAUCUUCUAUGGAGUUUAUGUGAAAGCAGUGAUACUGCAGUUACUGUGUUUAAUACAAAGAAUCUUGUUUCUGUCUUAUUGCCAUGCCUAGAUAUUUCAGUUUAUGGCCUUCAGAUACCUCUAGCAGUUGCCCAGUGCCUUCACACAGUUGUUGAAGAUAAUUCUGAAGUCAUUGAGGUAUUAAAACAGCCCUUAGUUUUAGAACAGUUAAAAGCUUUGAUGUGUCUGUCACCCACCGAACCAGAACAUAUUUUGCUUAAAACUCUAGCAGCAGGAAUUCUGCUGAACUUAUUCUCUGCUACAUUCAAUGACUGUAUGAAUGACAUUUCAGUUAAAGUAUUGGAGGUUGUUGCUUCCACUUUAGAUGAACGAGUAAAGCUUUUGUUGGACUUGUUAGCUGAACAGAUAUCUAGUCAUAAACUUGUAAAGUUAGAUAAAUAUCACGAUGAAAAGGAUUUAGAAGAAAAAGAGGCUGCUGUAAAUAAGACUGUAAAGCAUUUGGAUCAUGUUCUUCCCGCGAAACAGAUAGCUCUAGAAAUAUUGACUAAUGUUUGUUUCGGCAAUGAUUCUAGUGAUGAUUGGGAAGAUUUAUCAAGCAGUGAUGCUAGUGAUGAAGCAGAAAUGGAUGUUGAUGAAACUGAAGCUUCUCUCAUGAAACUUGGCCUUAGAAUUCCUUCUGAAAUUCAUGGAAUCAUUGUUAAUGGAAAGUUUUUGGAGAAGGUUAUCGAUCAGAUUAUUACACCCUCUGAUGAAGUUUAUGAUGUUAAAAGGAAGUUCAUUAGCCAGUGGUUAAACACAGUUAAAAGUAGGGCCUUGUUAUGUCUGAAUAACUUAAUCCAUGGCUUAGAACUGGAAGAUCUUGGGGGUCCAACCAAACUUUUUGAACUCUGGUACAGCAUUGGUGAACUUUUAUUUAAGAAAACAGAUACUUCCAACAUUGAGCAGUUAGAAGCUGUUACAAGUUCUAUGAGAGCUGUUUUGAAAAAACUGGCUGAAACAGACUGUUCAUCUGAAUUCAGCUGUACAACAGAAAAAGACUUGGAUCUACUUAUAGACAUGUAUCAGACUGUUCAAGAACCAAGUAUAAAAGUGAAUAUCAUACAUGCCUUAGGAACUAUAGGAUGUCUUCUUGGAAAUUUAAAACUACCAACUACUCAUGUAUUAAUAGGUAAGAUUGGAUCAUUUCUUCUUGAUGUUGCUUCAAAAGAUUCACAUAUAUGGGUUGUAGCUGAAGCAUUAGAUAUUCUCUUGGAUGUCUUUGCCGAAGACCAUUUAGACUGGCUGGCACAACGUAUUUGCCUUGUCGAAAAGCUUACAAACAUGCUUCAAUUUUUGAAAGGAAGAAUAAAACAACAAAGAAAAUCUCUUGGUGAACAUCUUCCUCUGAUAAUGACUGUAAAAACUAAUUUAUUGCGUUUUAUAAAGUACAAAAAUGAAUGUAAUAAGAAGUGACAUACCUAAUUUAUAUUAUAUACUUUUAUUGAA